UGGAGAACUCGAGUCUCCUGCUAACAGACGGAAGAAGAAUACGCUGCUGAUUAAUUUUGUCUAAUACUGAGUUGAAUUCCGUAAAAUGUGAUGACCACAACUAACAAAUACCAUGAUUUUUAAACAGGGAUCUAAGACUGAAACAUAUGUCAGGCCAAGUGGCAUGACGCAUUUCAUUUGAUAUGUCAGAAUUUCGCAACCAAAGUCGGGCCACUGCUCGUGGCAGUGACUAUGUUUGGCAGUAUGAAUAUUAUGAUGACGAUGAGCCUGUGUCUUUUGAGGGUCUCAAAGCUCAUCGAUACUCUAUCGUCAUUGGCUUCUGGGUGGGCCUGGCUGUGUUUGUCAUCUUCAUGUUCUUUAUUCUCACUCUGCUGACCAAGACAGGAGCCCCACAUCAAGAGAACCUAGAGCCCUGUGAAAAACGUCACCGUCUAGGUACCUGCGUGGUGGAUAUUAAUUGCCCCCAGGACACAUCCGACAAGGCCUUGUCUCGCCCCCUGCUGGAAGAGUCACGCUCCUUCUUCCACUUUUACAUCAGUGAGGAGGAGCAGCAGGGGUGGGGCCAUGGAGCUGUGGUUGGUCAGGCAGAGAGGCCACGAGGGAGGCUGGCUGUACUCAGCACCUGCGGCAUAGAGGAGGAUGGCGAGGAGGAGCUAGCCAUGACGGGCGAGGAUGCUGCAGGGCUCUGCCUCAGGGGGCUGCCUAAGUACGGCAAGGGGGACGGGGGAAAAGACUUCCUGUCCCAUUUCAACAUCCCCAACUUUGUGAACUCGGAGCACAGCUCCACCUUGGGGGACGAUGACCUGCUGCUCUGUGAGCCCCCCAUUAUCCUAGACAGUCAAUCCCAAACUCAGGAUGCCCGCCACAUCAUCAGAUGAGGCAUGGCCACCAACAACACCUGCUUUAUCCAUGUAGCGAGAGAUAUCCCAGAAUACAUGUCAGUUCUGUUUUUCCUUUUCUUUAUAUGCAACACUCUUCGCCAUUAGGCUACGUGGCAUUGAGCUAAUGGCUAACAGUCUCUGCAAACCAUGAAUGAACUUACCUAAACCCAAGCCCCAUUUGAGUAAACCAACGGAUGGACACAGAGAUCCAGCAAUUUGAUCAAUUAGGAAUAAUAAUUGGUGGAAGUUGGACUGCCUCAACAAACCACCAUUGUGGGCUUAAAUCUCUGAAAGAGGAGUUUGAAAACUAAUACAAAAAAUGAAUAUGCCCCCUCCCAACACACACUGACGUCUCAUUAAGAAUGAAUAAAGAGAAAAAGAGGCUGUGUGGAAAACAGUCUGUCUGAGUUAAUAUCUCACUGUCCUUGUCUGACCUAAGUUCUUGUUCUUUCCUUGAAACAAAAUAUAGUGGAUUAAGAUUAUAAAAUAGUGUGUACUGUGACAACUAUAAACCAUAGAAUGUAUGUAUAAAUAGGCUAAUCCUUAGUGUGUUCGUCAUUAUAAUGUCAAAACUUUGUGUAUCUAGCUGGGGAUAACUGUCUGGAUGAAAUGUUUAGCACUCGGAUGCUUUUUUUUGUGGGAUGAACUGCAUUCUAUUUUGUUAUGAGGUCUUAAAAAUAUAUAUGGCCAUUAAUGAGAAUAGAAUUUGACAGACAAAUCUACAGUAGCAAUUUUCUGUAUGAACCCUUUGUGGGUGCAUUGACACAUGUAUAUGCUUAUUCAUGAAACAUUAUGCAUUUUGUCUGCAUUCCCAGCUGGGUUUACUUCCUGAACAUAACGCACUGCUUUUCACUGUACCGUAGAAAUGCAUUAAUUUAUUCAUUCACUGAUGACUCAAGAUUUAUUUACCUUAAUCCCACUGAGUUGUGUUGAGACUACCAGUGAGUCUAUCAGCAUUAAAGCAACAUUAAUGAAUUCAAAUUGGUUGUGUGGAUGCUGACA